GCUCGCUCUCCUGCCUCUCGCAGCCUGCCAGCCGCGGCGUGCGGACCUCGCUGCUCCAGCCUCCCGCCACGUCCCAUUCCAUCAGCCUUGAGCAGCAGCGGAGAAAGAAAGAUUAGACAUUUUCUUGCCCCAUACACACUUUGGAAACGGGCAAAAAUUUUAAAUUUGAACCAUGAGGGAAAUCGUGCACAUCCAGGCGGGUCAGUGCGGAAACCAGAUCGGUGCCAAGUUCUGGGAGGUGAUCAGUGAUGAACAUGGCAUCGACCCCACCGGCACCUACCACGGGGACAGCGACCUGCAGCUGGACCGCAUCUCCGUGUAUUACAAUGAAGCCACAGGUGGGAAAUACGUCCCUCGUGCUAUCUUGGUGGAUCUAGAACCAGGUACCAUGGACUCUGUUCGCUCUGGUCCUUUCGGCCAGAUCUUCAGACCAGACAACUUCGUUUUUGGUCAGUCUGGGGCCGGGAACAACUGGGCCAAGGGCCACUAUACGGAGGGCGCUGAGCUGGUGGACUCCGUCCUGGACGUGGUGCGGAAGGAGGCUGAGAGCUGCGACUGCCUGCAGGGCUUCCAGCUGACCCACUCGCUGGGCGGGGGCACUGGGUCCGGGAUGGGCACCCUCCUUAUUAGCAAGAUCCGGGAGGAGUACCCCGACCGCAUCAUGAACACCUUCAGCGUGGUGCCCUCGCCCAAGGUGUCGGACACGGUGGUGGAGCCCUACAACGCCACCCUCUCGGUCCACCAGCUGGUGGAGAACACCGAUGAGACCUACUGCAUCGACAACGAGGCCCUCUACGACAUCUGCUUCCGUACCCUCAAGCUGACCACGCCCACCUACGGGGACCUGAACCACCUGGUGUCGGCCACCAUGAGCGGGGUCACCACCUGCCUCCGCUUCCCUGGCCAGCUCAAUGCCGACCUGCGCAAGCUGGCCGUCAACAUGGUGCCCUUCCCGCGCCUCCACUUCUUCAUGCCCGGCUUCGCCCCCCUCACCAGCCGGGGCAGCCAGCAGUACCGGGCCCUCACUGUGCCCGAACUCACCCAGCAGGUAUUUGAUGCCAAGAACAUGAUGGCCGCCUGCGACCCCCGCCACGGCCGCUACCUCACUGUGGCUGCUGUCUUCCGUGGGCGCAUGUCCAUGAAGGAGGUGGAUGAGCAGAUGCUCAACGUGCAGAACAAGAACAGCAGCUACUUCGUGGAGUGGAUCCCCAACAACGUCAAGACGGCCGUGUGCGACAUCCCUCCCCGGGGCCUGAAGAUGGCGGUCACCUUCAUCGGCAACAGCACGGCCAUCCAGGAGCUGUUCAAGCGCAUCUCCGAGCAGUUCACCGCCAUGUUCCGGCGCAAGGCCUUCCUGCACUGGUACACGGGCGAGGGCAUGGACGAGAUGGAGUUCACCGAGGCCGAGAGCAACAUGAACGACCUGGUGUCCGAGUACCAGCAGUACCAGGACGCCACGGCCGAGGAGGAGGAGGAUUUCGGCGAGGAGGCCGAAGAGGAGGCCUGAGGCGCCUGCACUCUGCUUCUCCGCUCCCUCUGCUGCCCUUUUUCCCUCAAAAUUUGCCUUUUUUUUUUUUUUUUUUUU